UACUAACACACCAUCUAUUCCCAUACUCCAUUGAUCACAAAUUCAGAGACUACCAACUAACUAGCACCAUGGUUGGGGAGUGGUCAGUUGGGCUUUUCGACUGCUUUGGUGAUUUUGGCACCUGUUGCUUAACUUUCUGGUGCCCCUGCGUUACCUUUGGUCGCAUUGCCGAGAUUGUGGACAAAGGCUCCACAUCAUGUUGCAUGAACGGGACCCUGUAUGUUUGCUUAGGAACCAUAGGCUUCCAUUGGUUGUACUCUUGUACCAAGCGCUCCGCAAUGCGGUCACAAUACAAUCUGCAAGAGUCACCCUGCAUGGACUGCUGUGUGCACUUAUGCUGUGAGAGUUGCGCUCUAUGCCAAGAGUAUAAGGAGCUGGAAACUCGUGGCUUCAACAUGGCCAAAGGAUGGGAAGGAAGCAACAAGAUGGUGGGGUGUGUGCAAGGCAUGAAAGCACCAGGAAAGCAAGGGAUGUGCUUCUAGAAUAUGCAUAAUUCCAUAAUUUGAUGGUUUAUGAUGAGGACAUAACUCCCCUAAAUGGCUUUCUGUUCAUUUUCAUCUCGCAAUGUUCUCCAACAUCCAAAAGUAAAGUAAAGCCCGGCUUAUAUGCCUUGCCCUGUUUGGUAAUCUAGUUGAUAAAUCUCCUUUUAUGUAUCAUUGGGUUUUGUUUAAUUUUAUUUACUUCUGUUUAUGUUCUAACAUAGGCAGCAUAUACUAUGUGCUUCGUCAUUUUACAGGUAUUAAACGGUGGUAAAUUGUACUGAAAUUUAGGGACC